CGCCAGGUUUAGGUUUGCGACUUCAUACAAACAUGGUAAGAAGGGCACGUUGGUGGUCACGCCUUGGCCUCAUAUCUCAACCACUCUGCUUGCCUGUGCAAUUGGGGUCAAUUCUUAGUGAUGGUGGAGUUGUCGGUUGCAUUACUGUGGUACUUAGUCGCGUUUAUCCACUCAUUUAUUUUGAAAGAUCCAACAAGAAUUCUUGUUUUCGAGGGGAAAAGGCUCAUCUAAGACUUGUGAAAGAAAAUCAGCAGCUCAAGGAAAUAACUUUACACCAGAUAGUGACAGAAGUUGAGAAAGAAUUUUCAAAGGAGGAGGGGUCACUUAAUCAGAAGAAUCGGAAUAGGGUUUCUAUAACUGGCAAAGAGGUUUCGGAUCUACGAAGAGGGAAAGAAAUAGCCCAGUUCUUGGAAAAUACUAUGGAUGAUUCCAGUGCUGAGGGAAUGUUAACUGCAUCUCAGAUAGAGCUGGCAAGAUCUUGGCACCAAGAGCAGGCUGAGAUGAAAAGGAACAAAAUAAAUGCUGAAGUCCAUCGCAGACUUAACACAAAGGAAAAACUGUAUGAAGCAGUCCCUGUGUUAAAGAUACGAGUAAUGGAUACCAAUGGGUCCUGUGCAAUACUCUCAGUAUGGCGACCAUCUGAAGACCUUCAGCAAUCACUGUUGGAAGGGAAAAUCUUCCGCAUCUUUUAUGUUGUGGCUGCUGGUUAUAGAAGGGAUUGUCUUCAGUUAACAGCCACACGCCAAACACGCUGGGAAGACAUUGGGACUGAAACAGACCACAGUUUCCCAGACUGUCGCCGUCAUGUAACCCACCUCUGUUGUCUUACAUUAUCUAAAAAAUCUGCACCAUCAUGGAAUGAGGUUGAUGUUGUUGGAGUGGUAUUUAGAAUUAGUCAAAUGGACCAAGGAUCCCAACUGGUAUACAUUGUUGAUCAUCAUAUUAAUAUCCUUGCUCUUAAAUUUUGGGGUGGUCUUAAGGAGUGUGGAGUUGAAGAUAUUGUUUCUUGUGCAUCAAUAUUAUACGUGUCAAAUGGAUCCUGGCGAGGAUACAGUGAUGGAAGGUGUGCCUGUGUCCAUGUAACUGAAUUAAGUGUUGUGUCAGUUUCUCCUCGUCAUUCACACUUGGUGGAAGCUUUUGAACACUUGAAGAAAAAAAUUGAGGAUGUAAAGGCACUUACAUCCAAGGCAAACAUGAAACUUGAUGGAUUCCCAGAUGAAUGCAGUAUCUCUUCUACUGAUGGCAUUGUCACAAGCAAUUGCCUUCAGAUUGAAGAAAGCAUCAGCACUCAUGCCUAUUCUCCAGCAGCAAAUAACAUUCAUCAAACUUCAGGUUCAGCCAGUAUUGGGACACCAAAUAUUAACAGAAGGACAGAAAGAUCAAGAGAAAUACGCAGUAAGCUGAAAGCUCUAGCUCAGUAUGGAACACCUUCUCCUUUGACAGGCAUGACUUAUAAUAACCCCUCCCCAAAAACUUGGAAACCCUUUCGUGUCCCAUUUAAGAAUUCAAAAUCUUAAGUUUUGUUUGUUAUUAAACACACUUUUUUACUUCAUUUCACUUCAAAUGUUGAUAGCUGUAAUACUGAACAACCAAAAAAUAGUUGACAUCUGAAUUUUUUCAUUUAUAAUUUGACAUUCUAUCCUAAUUGGGAUAAAGAUUAUCUUACCAAUACUUAUGUUGAGAAUUUUAGCCAGUUUUCACACUAGUUGUUUUUCUUUCAGGUUAUAGUAUUCAUUAGUUGGAAUUCAGUCAAUUUUUUUUAUUGAUCAUUGUUGGCUGAAAUUUUUAUUACACAAUACUACCUUUUUAAUGGUUGUUUUUCUGAAUUGGGUUCUGCCGUUAAUCAGAUACCAUUGGGUCAAGUGAUUAAGACUAAUAAAAAUCAGAUAAAAUUAUGAUGUACUGUCUUUCACAUUGAGAAUGCCACAUUUUUAUAGAUUGGAUAUGAAAAUUAUGAUGUACUGUCUAUCACAUUGAGAAUGCCACAUUUCUAUAUAGAUUGCAUAAGUGUGCCACUAAUUGAAGAAAAUUGGUGUAUUGUACACUAAACAAUCACUUAAAGAAAUAUGUAUUUAUACACAGUCCACCCUGCUAGUAAGAUCAUCCAUGGUAUUUGCUGUACAAGAUUACUGUUUGUUCAUACACAACACAAACUGUUCCUCUUUAUGUUGGGGGAAAUCUCAAAGAGCAAGCUGGAUCUGGUUUAAAAAUAGCAUUAGAAGACAACCUACCAUAUUCCAAUUAUCUUUACAGUAUUAGAGAAUGAGUUCUCUCCACACUUCUGGCAUGUGAUUUUUUUGGGCUUUGUGCUAGGUUUUCAUGUGGCAUUUUCACGAUUUUAUUGCUCUCCCUACUGGUACUUCUAUAGCUCCUGCUUUUCCCAUUGGUUGAAUCUCAUCACUUGCACAUAACCACAGUCUCCUUCUUUGAUAUCCAAAUCAGUUUUCCCGACUACACAUUUCUACAACUGCUUCAUUUGCCUACCAUGUUCCAGGUAUAAUAACCUUAAUAUCAUAGAAUAACAAGUUAUCAGAAUCUACAUUUUCUUUCAGAACUCAUGUCUCCAUUGGAUAGUGUAGUUCAAGCUCCCAUUUAAGUAGAAAUGAUUCCUCCAACUCUUCCUUGCUGACAUUUUACUAUCCUUGUAAGGGGUUAUGCAAAGGACAUAGCCAGACUAGUUCUUUCUAGUUCUUUCUCUCUUUUAUAAUUACCCUGUUUAAACAGGUAAACACCCAUCACCUUUUAUACCAGAAGUAUCUUAUGGCUAAAGUGGAGUGGCCAUUGAAUCUUGUUAACAAGGUAGUUUGCUCCCUCCUCCCUGUGUGCUUGUUGAAUUCUUCGGUGUGGAUUAGUAACUUUUUACCAUUAUUUCCUUGCAUCAUCUUUGUGUGCAAUUAUUUGCUUCUCCUAGUAUCUGUAUCUGGUGGUUUUGUUUCCAUAUCAGUAUAUCCCAGGGUUGCUUGUUGGGCAACACUCCUCUAGCAAUAUUGCAUAAUCGUGGCUUCUUCCAAUCACUAACUGCCAUUUCUCUUCCACCUGCACCAGGAUCUAGACCUCCUAGGAGUGCUAGCUUUUCUCCGAGUCCUACAAACCCAUUCAUCCCUUGUCUGAGCACAAAGAAGCCAGUAUGGAAAUGUCUUCCUAGACUGUGUAAAAUCUGCAUAAUUUCAAAUAUGUACCUAUUUGUCAGGAGUUUUGGAAGUACCUCCACUUUAUCUACAACCAGACUGUCUUCCAUUUCAAGGCCUUAUGCUUUGAACUGGUGACUUCGUUUUUUUUUUUUUUUUUUUUU